UUUAUUUCUGUCCAAAUGCAGGAGACUCCCAGUGGUCGUUUCAGACCGAGCUCGCAAAUGCGCGUCUGCUUUCAGGGUAAACCAUGUGCGUGUCCGACAAAACAAGCGCGACCCCCACCCCUCAAGAAACACGGGUCAAAGUUCACAGGAAGCUGGGGGGCUGCCAUUUUUCUCCGCUGCUAGCUGCUAACGUUAGAUGCUAGUACGGCGGGGAGGGGCGGUUGGUUUUUGGGGGAUUUUUUGGAGCUGCUUUUGACACACCACCACCACACGCCGCGGCCGUGUCUCCGACCCUCCGAUCCGCGGACCCCUGCAGUCGUUGGAUGAAUCCGGAAUGGAGAAAGUAUCGGAGCCGUCCUGGACUUCUUCGUACACCUACCAGGUGAGCAAGCACAGCGCCGAGAUGCUACACAACCUCAACGUCCAGAGGAAAGAUGGAGGCAGGUUCUGCGACGUGAUCCUCCGCGUCGGCGAGGAGAGCUUCCCCGCGCACCGGGCGGUGCUGGCCGCCUGCAGCGAGUACUUCGAGUCGGUGUUCAGUCGCCAGAGCGAGGGCGACGGCAAGGAGCUGGAGAUGCAUACGAUCAGCCCCAAAGUUUUCCGGGACAUCUUGGACUUCGCCUACACGUCCAGGAUCGUGGUGCGGCUCGAGACGUUCCCGGAGUUGAUGACAGCGGCCAAGUUCCUGCUGAUGCGCUCAGUGAUCGAGAUCUGCCAGGAGGUGAUCAAGCAGUCCAACGUGCAGAUUCUGAUCCCGACGUCGCGAGGGGGAAACGCGAGCUUGUUCCAGGCCACGGCGGCUCCGCCGGAGCUGGAGAGCGACGCUACGCUGCAGGUGAACGGACCAGGCUUUGUCAACAAUGGGACCGACUCGGACUCGCUGGCGCUAUUGGAGCCAGGCGCCGAGGCUUCGAUGCACAUCCUGCGGCCUGUGGACGCCUUAUCUCAGGCGCCUGCGGCGGAGAUCCCGGACCUGUUUCAGCAGGACCCUGGUGCUCCGGAGAGCAAGCGGAGUCGGGGGAGGCCGAAGAAGGCGGACGAGGCUGCGCACUUCCAUCACAGCCCUCCGAAGGAGAACGGACUGUUUCCGUGUCGGACGUGUGGCAAAGCUUUCACUGAAGCCUCUCGGUUGAAGAACCACGAAGCGCAGCACGGAGCCUCCUCCGCCGCCGGUGACAGCGCGGGGGUCGUGACCCCGGCGGGGCUGCUGGAGAACGGGGCGCAGUUGACGCUCGACAACGGUCGCAAGAGGGAGCGCACCCGGCGGCACGUGGGCUGCGACGUCUGCGGGAAAGUCUUUCGGGAUGUUUAUCAUCUGAACCGGCACAAGCUGUCGCACUCCGGGGAGAAGCCCUACGCCUGUCACGUGUGCGGGCUGCGGUUCAAACGCAAGGACCGGAUGUCCUACCACGUUCGCUCCCACGACGGCUCCGUGGGCAAACCUUACGUGUGCCAAAGCUGCGGUAAAGGAUUUUCCCGGCCAGACCAUUUAAAUGGACAUAUCAAACAAGUUCAUACGACAGAAAGACCCCACAAGUGCCAGAUCUGUAAUGCCUCAUUUGCUACGAGAGACCGUUUGCGGUCUCACCUUGCUUGUCACGAGGACAAAAUCCCCUGCAAAGUUUGUGGCAAGUUCCUGAGAGCUGCUUACAUGACUGACCACCUCAAGAAACACAGCGAAGUGACUCACAACUACUGUGACAUCUGCAACAAAGGUUUCUCUACCGCAUCCUACCUUAAGGUGCACAUAAAGACACACCACGGCUCCACACUGCCGCCGUCAACCACGUUACACAGCUUCCCCGAACCCAGGGGGGAGCUGCAGAUGCACAAAGGCACUCCUUACCACAUGGGACACCAGUGCUCAGUGGAAGACCUGUGCGCCAGUCGCCACCUGGUUCUUACCUCAACUGAGACAGACGUUCGGUAUCAUGGGCUUUCUGGACACCCGGUGCUCUCUCACCCCGGCCCACCACACCCGGGCCUGCAGCCCGAGCUGCUGGUAGGGAAGCCGAGUGGGACUCCAUAUGUCUGGGAGUGUCGCUCUGGUGGGGUGCCCGGCUUCCAUGGGCCUGUUCCAGGUCAGUAUAGUUCGGGAAAGGAAGGAAGGGAGAACUCUGGAAAGUGUCCUCACCUGGAAUCUGACGAGUCUGAUCCGUCCUUUGGUGAACUGCCCAACAGUGAUGACCUUAAAUCUCCCCACAAGCCCGACAGACCUGACCUGGAUUUAGCCUCUUUAGCCUGCAAUGGAUCUUCAGCAGAUAUUUUGGGAUCACCCGACGGACCCAAAUCUAAGACUGACCCAGAGAAGAAGUUCAUCUGCGCGAUAUGUGGCCAGGCCUUCCGAACCAAGUCCUACCUCAACAAACACCAGCACAGAGUGCACAAGACUCGGAGCGUCCCGAGCGGGUCGGCGCCUGGACUCAGCGAGCUGCCUCCCUCUCUGUCCUCACCCUUCUCCUCUCAACAGAACAUGUCUCUGCUCGAGUCCUUCGGGUUCCAGAUCGUCCAGUCGGCCUUUGCCUCAUCACUGGUGGAUGCAGACGCCGGUCAGAGUGGGAUGGACUUUGGAGGGAAGUGACACUUUUGCCUCAGUUUUUCAAGUGGACAGAAGAUGUUCAAGAGAACAUUUGCCUCAAGGAUUCUCUCCUGUUGCUUUAAGUGUCUGAGGUUUUUGCCCUACUGCCAUAUGAUUCCUACUUUUUCUAAAGUCAGAGGUUUUCUUUGUCACCAGUCCACUUGAGGUGAGAUUUCCUUUAUACAGUGGAUCAUUUCCGCUUUUGCUUUCUGUUGUGUGCAGCUUUUGCUUGUUGUCGAACUCUGAAAAAGUUGCUUGCCAAGCUGUUUAUUGCAUCCUGAAAAUAAGUGAUGUUCAGUUACCGUUUUGUUUUUUUUAAUUGCCACAGAGGCGUCUUUACCUCAGAGCGACAAGAGGGCUGACUUCUUAAUUUAAGCUUCUCACUUCAGUCAAAAUGAAGGACGUGCGUUCAGGAUGGAUGGGGACCAAAGGGGUCAGUUUCAUUUCCGAGCGUUGGGCAGCCUCAGGGCAUGUUGCUCGACGCACUGCUGAAGUCUUACAGCACCGUCCAAACAAGGUUGCUUCCCUUUUAACCCAGAACGUCAAUUUGCUUCAUCUUGCGCCUUAAUUCUCACUUCAAAUUGUGUUGAACAUGACUUUGACUGGUCAAUCUUCGUGUCAAAACUUUAAUGUGUCUUCAUGUACUCCAUCAGCUGACGGAGAGUAAACCCGUGCACAUGGACGGAAACUGAUUUAAGUUAUUUAUGAUUAUUUUUCUAUUACAUUCAUCAGACAAGUAAUUGGUGGUGUGUUUCGAUGCACGAACAUGACUUCAACUGAACUGACAUCUGGAAACACCAGUGCAGAUUUCGUCUUGAACUCGACGUCUGACGCGCCGAACAUGCAGGUUGGCAGCGUUUUGAGGCAAGAGACAAUCAGACUCCAGUUUCAAGCCAGAGAUACUAUGUGGUCCUUUGGUGUUUGAACUACAUUUCAGUGGAAUAAUCGUAUCUUCUGUGAUAGGAUUGACGUGCUAUGGAGCUAAACAUGCCCUGAGCCUGUUAAGAAGCCAUGCUAGUACUUAAAAAAAACUUCUGUUUGUGCGUUUGAACAGGGGACCAAGGUCAGACUUAUUUCUGUAUAUAUUUAAGAGUUGUACAUUAUAUUUUAUUAUCUUAUUUAUAUGUUCAUUGAGUGUACAGUUUCCUUUUCCUCUCUAAAUUAUGUUUUACGCAGCUGACCCCUGACCUCUGGGCUAUCAUGUGGUUCCAAUGGAUUUUAGUGGAAACCUCUGCUGUGAGCAUCGUUGUGUUUGCACUAACAGACGACCAACAAAGGUGCUUGUGUCUAUAACUCGCCUGAACGUUUGUGUAUAUUUAAUCCUUGUUUCCGGAAUCUGGUUUAAUUUGAGUCAGAAGCAAGUCGACAUUUGAUGCUAAAACCUAUUUAUUUAUGUAACAAGAGAACUCAUCCGUCAACUGUGUCGUUCAGUCCAUAGAUGUGUCUCCGUUUUCCUCCCUUUUCUUAUUGUUUGCUCCAGUACGUUGUCUUUCAGUACAUUCCUUCAUUAUUUAUGCUCUCUCUGUUCACUUCUGUAAGAAAUGUAUAUAUAUCCUUCAUAUGCACAUAUUCUAUCAAUAUAUAUAUAUAUAGAUAUGAAAAUAUAAAUAAGAUUUAUGAACCAAUCAUAAGGCUCCAUACAUGUCACUGGUGGUGUACAUAACCGGAUUGGAGGUACUAAGUUAUGGUGCCGCCUGAGCUGAGGACUGAAUGUCAAUCACUGUUCACCAUUCCGGCUGCAGCGGGCGGCAACUUAAGUUCCAGUUUUUGUCCUCCGAUUGUUUUCCACUGAGAUAUGACACGAAAGUCGAUGGAUAUUUUUCCCUGUCCCUUGUGUUUCCUUCUCCUCUGUUGGUACUUUAUGGCAAAUGUUUUGUUUCUAUGUUUCGGUCUGUUGCAAAGUGCCUUCCAGAUACUGAUUGUGCACAGCAGUGGAUUCUCCAAAUUUCCUCUUUUCUAAACUGUGUAGAGUGACUCACGCUGACACUUUUGUAUAUUCGACACGUUGUACAAUAGUCCAACUUGGUAUUUUAUCAUCACACUCAAAAAAGCUUUUACAACAUGCAAGCUACAUGUUUUGUUAUGAUGUCUUUGGACACAUUUCAGUGUAAACAUACUUUUCUAUAGAUAUUUGUUUUUGUACCGUUAUUGAACCUUGUCUCUGUUGUUGCUAUGGAGAUGAGGUGCGAAUAAACUGCAAUGA